UCAUUUGUCGAUAGAAAAUAAUUUCAGACGUGUACUAUGGCCUGAGACAUAAAUCGCGCCUUUAUUUUAUUAUUUCUAAUUGUUGUAUGUUUUGUUUGUCCUUAAAUCGUUUUGUGUAUAAACAAAUCAAUAACGUAAUGUGAAAACGCGGUUAAUUAUUUUUCAUUGAUCUUCAAUAUCAUUGUGUCUUUGACUCAAUUGUCAAUUGCCAAUGUUACCUGUCAAACAAAAAUAGGAAAAAAAUAUACAAAUUGCAUUAAAAUGAGAAAAUGGAGAUAUUGUUGAGAUUUGUACCAACAAGUCAGCUAAAAUUGACUGCAUCUAGAAUCCUUUUAAGUCAUGUAGCUCAUUUUACCAGAUUAGCCGAAGUUGGAAAACUCGAAACUCCUAAGUCAACAGGCAAAUAUGACACAGGCCAGUUAAUUUUGCAUAAAGUAUUUGGUUACCGCGGUGUCAUUUUGUUUCCCUGGCUGGCACGAGUGUACGAUAGAGAUGCGUCCAACAAGAAGGAGAGCAAGGAGUCCGCCGCCUCGUCGGAGGCGGCUGGAGACUCCCUCUCGAACGUUGGAAAAGAAGUCAAGGGGAGGACUCACACAUUUUAUCAAGUCCUAAUUGACACAAGAGAUGCUCCAUACAUAACUGUGCAAACACACAUCGACAUGAGACCUGAAUGGAAAAGAAAGCGGGCUCAAACAGAGGCGGUGACUUUCCUUGGCAACCAGGAAUCCAGUAGAAGUCUAUAUGCCAUACCGGGCCUGGACUACGUGGCUCAUGACGACAUUAUCCCAUACACAUCUGUAGAACGAGUCCCAUUGCAACAUGAAUUAUUUGACAAAUUUCUUAUGCAUAACCCUGACAAAGAUCCGCCGUUCAUUGCCCAAGAAACUCUGCGCGCCUGGCAAAAGAAGAACCAUCCUUGGUUAGAAUUGAGCGACGUCCACAGGGAGACUACAGAUGGCGUUCGAGUUACUGUGAUACCAUUCUACAUGGGCAGCCGUGAGUCGCAAAACUCAGCUGUCUAUUGGUGGCGCUACUGCAUCCGGCUGGAGAACCUGGGCGCGCAGGCGGUGCAGCUGCGCGAGCGGCACUGGCGCAUCUUCUCGCUGAGCGGCACGCUGGAGACCGUGCGCGGCCGCGGCGUGGUCGGCCAGGAGCCCGUGCUGGCCCGCCACUCGCCCGCCUUCCAGUACAGCAGCCACGUCAGCCUGCAGGCGCCCAGCGGACACAUGUGGGGCACAUUUAGGAUGGAGCGUGAGGACGGCUACACGUUCGACUGCCGCAUCCCUCCGUUCUCCCUGGAGAGCAAGCCGGACGACGGCGCGCCCGCCGCCCCCACGCCCGCCGCGUGAUCACCACUCCAUGUGACGAAUAUACUGAUACUUUGUGAUGUUCAACCGACUGUCUCAGCCAUCGCUAACGACGACGGACGAUACACGUUAGCAUUAUUUAUUAUUUUGAUGAGCGUAGUCUAAAAUUCCUCUUAAAUAUUCAUAACAUCUCUAAUUUUGUAAAGAAGAAAUUCCUUAGUUGUUUUAAAGAUAAUUCCUAGAUCUGUAAUAAAUUACAGUAUU